AUGCCACUAUUCAGGCUCUUUGGAGCCAAGGAAGGUCCCUUCCAUAGUAGGGGAAGUGACGGUGGUGGUAGAAGAAGAGGUAGUGGCAGUUCAGGGGAUGAAGGCGGUGGUGUAUCUCCUAAUGGAGCACGCUCUAGAUCACGACAUACUGGUACUGGGACGGUUGGAUCCAGUUCUGGGUCUGAUCCGAUGCCUCAUACUAUUGAAACUGUAGUGGUAUCUUGUGCCUGUUGUGGAGUUUUCUUGACUUAUCGUCUGGAUACACCAAAGUUCAGGUGUUAUGUUUGUCAUACUACUCAUUUGUUAAGGGGUGGUGAUAGUGAAGAAGAUAACGGUGCAAUUGAAGCAUUGUCAUAUGAAUAUGUUAAACGUCUUAUACUGAACUGUUUAUCUACCAAUGAAGGGACCCCCCCUGCUGUUGGUCCUUCUUCGCUUCAUGAAACACUACAUCCCGUACUGUCAUAUCUUUAUCUUGCAUUUAGAAACAAAAAGUGUCUUAAUGAUUCUUUCCCACUGGCGUCUGCUUCAGGCAAUGUCAUCAUUGACAACAUCAACUCCUCAGAGAUGCUUAUGAUGUUCCAAAUGUUAACUAGACUUCCUACCAAAAGGCCCCUAUAUAAAGCACUUUCAGGAGCUUGUGAGUGUCUUAAACGAAUCCCUCUUGCAUUCUCAGAUGAUCCUAAGGAGCAUAGAUGGCUUUUGGUGCUCUUGGAAAUCCCCUUCUUAGAUCAUGCGGUAAUGAUUAAUAGAGAGAAAUAUGCCACUUCCAUGAUUUCUAAUCCAGAGAUUAAAGCCUUGACCUAUGAAAUAUUUAAACGGGCAGUGGGGUUAUUGGCUCACAUAAAGUCAGUAAAAGUAGCUAACUCAUUUGCUAUUUCUAAGGAAGAUGAUGAUACUAUAAACAGAACUUCAAGCUUGAAGACCAAGAAGAAGAAUCAGAAUCCUAAGAUCAGAAUUCAACAGUAUAAUAACGAUUGGCUUUUGAAAACAGCGGCAAUUGUCAUGUCAUUAUUCUACAGAGCAAACAAAAGAAGAGAUGAAAUGGAUGCCUUGCCAUGUAGCAAUUUCUAUAACUCUCUUGUUGAUUUUGUGAAUAUGAGAAUUGACUUUGAUGCUUGGCAGCUGACUUUAAAUGAUAGUGAAGCCACCGCCGCUACAUCAGCAUUGAAAGAUUCACAGCCCGAAGAGUUAAGAAAUGCUAUCAAGUAUAUUACAGGAAAACUGACGUUUGAACUGGAUUCAUUUUUUUUCUGUCAAUAUCCUUUAUUGAUUUCUUUGGGGAAUAAGAUUGGCAUGUUAGAAUAUGAAGCCCAUCGUCAAAUGGAAAGAAAAGCCGAAGAAGCUUUCAUCAAUUCUUUAGACAAAAGAAUCACCUUUGAAGUUUAUUUUCGAGUCCAAGUUAGACGAGAGUAUAUUGUUCAAGACUCCUUAAGAUGCAUUGAACAAAAUGAAAAGAAUUUGAAGAAAUCAUUGAAAGUAACAUUCAUAGGUGAGCCAGGGAUCGAUGCUGGGGGGUUACGUAAAGAAUGGUUUUUAUUACUUACAAGAUUACUUUUCAGACCCAUUGCUGGAAUGAUAUCGUAUGUGGAACUGUCAAAUUACGUUUGGUUUAACAUGAUCCCGCAAGAGGAUUGUCAAAUGUAUUAUCUACUUGGUGCUGUAUUAGGAUUGGCGAUUUACAAUUCUGUAAUAUUAGAUUUGAAGUUUCCCAAAUCAUUCUACAAACUUUUAUUGAAUGAAACUGUUGGUUUCAAUGAUUUCAAAGAACUUCAACCUGAAAUAGCGUCCAAUUUACUUAAAUUGACAUCUUUCAAUGAAGAGGAAUUGAAAUUAAUGGAAUUAAAAUUUGAGUUGGAUCUUCAUGAUGAAAUUUUCAAAGAAAACGAUAUCAAAUAUCAACUUAUCCCUAAUGGUAGUAAUGUUUCUGUUGAUAAGGGGAACGUCAACCUAUACAUUAAGAAAUACUAUCAAUUCUAUAUGGGAGAAGGUAUUUAUCAACAAUUACAAAGCUUUCGAAGGGGAUUUAAUUCUGUUGUUGGGGGUAAUGCACUCUCCUUGUUCGAUGCGGAAGAGAUUCAGUUGAUGUUAUGUGGAAGUGAUGAUGGGAAAAUCGAUUUGACCAUAUGGCAAUCAAUAACUAAAUAUACUGGAGGUUUUACUAAGGAAAGUCCUAUAAUAGUGUGGUUAUGGGAAUAUUUGGAAGGGUUGUCCAAUUCACAACAGAAAAAGUUCUUAUUGUUUGUUACGGGUUCAGAUAGAAUUCCUGCCACAGGUAUUCAAAAUCUAUCGUUUAAAGUAACAAGACUUGGCUCUAAUAGUAACAGAUUACCAAUUGCUCAUACAUGUUUUAAUGAGCUUUGCUUAUAUGAAUAUUCAACCAGUGAAAAAUUGAUUCAGAAAUUACAAGUUGCCUUCAAUGAAAGUGCUGGUUUUGGGAUAAAGUAA